GUAAAAGUCGUAAUUUGUCAAUGUUCCCCUGGAAAAACAUUGAAAAUUGUGCAAAAUCAUCGCUUUAAAUUGCCAAAAAUAUGCAAAAUAGUGAUCUUUAGUGCUAAUAAGCGGAACAACAACUCGCGAUCGUGUUAAAUUGCGCGAAAAUUGUGUGAAAAUUGAGAAAAUAAAUAAAAUCAAUACACCCCCAUAGAGUCCAAAUAGAUUUUUUUUGUCGUGUGUGUGUAUGUACCGUUGUGUGAGUGUGUGUGUGUGUAUAAAAGAUAAAACCCAUAUACACACGAAAAAUUUAUAUUGAAAAGGAAGUGAAAUAAACACACAACUUUACUUUAAAUUUAUGAUUCAACAUCUCGCUACGAAAAUUUUUAUGCAUUCAGCUGCUUUACCAUUGAAAAAUAUAAAAUAAUAAAAAAAUAUAUAAAAAAAAAUAUGAAAAAAUUAUAAAGAAAAAUAUUUAGAGUGCAUUUGCAUAAAAAAAAGUGUUCAAAAUUCCUCUAUUUUGUGUGUGUUUGUGACAAAUUGUGAUGGAAAACAUGAAAAAAAUUAUUCACGAUAAAUAAAUAAUGUGCAUUAAUCUGUGAAGUUAUCAUCAUCAAACAACUAUAUACAACAAAAAGCAAGGCAGAGAAAAAAUCUACACACACACAAACGUCCAUAUAUAUCUUUGUUAUUGCACUGCUGUAAUAAUUGUUAGUCAAGAUAAAAAAUAUAUAUUUACUCACAUUCAACGUAAUACAGGGUGUUUCUUCUUCAAUGUUAACAAUCAACUACUAAAAAAUAAAAAUACGUAAAAUAAAUGUAAAGCCGUCUUAGAAGCAACAACAAAAAAAAAACAUUAAAUUUUAAUCAAAACGUGAAGCCAGAAGAAGUGAUGAAUUCAGGUCACGCUGCAUCUGUGCGUCAUCCGUAUAUGCGAGGAGGAUUGGGAGCUGGUUCGAGAUCACGCACGCGAAAUCCGUUUCAGCAACACAACAAUAGCAACAACAACAUUGACGGAGGCAAUAACAGCGGCAAUUCGCAUCACACACAACGAAAUGGAGGCAACAAUCAAUGGUUUGGCAACAAAGAGGACCAAUAUUACGGAGCUGAUAAUGUUGUUGGGAGUAAAGAUACACAAGUUGUUUCUAGUUUGCAUUCUACUACUGUAACAUAUCCAAAACAAAUUUCCGCCCCUCACGACUUAACCACGAGUGUUAACCAUCACAAUAAUCAUCACCAAAACCAUCACAAUAAUAAUAACAAUAAUAAUUCACGAGUUGUUGUUCCCAUUAUUAAUAAUAAUAAUCAAAUAUCUACCUCUGAGCCUACUUCUGCCGCAAAUAACGCUAUCAUAACAAUAGACUUAACUGAACGCGACACGCGCAACUACUUGAGUAUUAGUCAGAAUAAUUUAGAUGAUGGCGUUCUAAUACAAAGUCAUACUAAUAAUACAAAUAGAUCUCAGCAAUCGUCAUCGGCAUCGUCGUCAGGCGGCGGCGGAGGAAUGCAUCAUCAUCGCGCCGGACCAUCCUCUAGUCAUUCGAGCCAUGUAGAUUUGCGGCGUAACAACAAUAACAAUAAUAAUAGUAAUAGUUACAAUAAUGGACCACCGGAUCGUCGAAUGCACAUGGGCAAUCAGGAUAGACAUUCGUAUCAUAACAAUCACAAUCAUAUGGAACCACAUUCAUCAAGAAGCAUGGAUCUAGAUUCGAGAUCGAUGCACUUUAAUGGCAAUAAUCGCGACAGAUAUAAUAAUCAUAACAAUAACCUAAGUAACUCAAGCAAUAACGGAGGUCCAAGUAACGGAGGCAACGCAAGCAGUAGCUCACACAAUAACAGCAAUAACAACCCAAAUGGGCUUCUCAACAAAUCCGACAGUCCUUCACGGAAACGUCGUCGAAUUUCGCGUUUGCCAAGCCAAUCGCCGCCCACAGUUUGGGAUCAACGUCGUUCGCCACGCAACCAACAAGCACAAUUCCAAAUACAAAAUCAUCAAUCCCACCAUUUGUCGCAACAACAAAAUAAUAAUAACAAUAACAACAGCAACGGAAACAGUUCUAACAACUCGCAAUCGAUGAUGCAACAACAAAUGCUCCCGAUUCGACGACCUCGAUAUCGUGACGGACCAUCGUCUCGUGUUUGGGAUCAUCCGAUUCAAUCGUUACAGCAACAGCAGCAGCAGCAACAACAGCAAUCGGCACAAGUUCAUUCGCAAUCCGUUCAAGCAGCUUCGCAACCCAUGAUGAUGGAUAUCAACCAAGUUCCUAUGAAUUUGCCUCUCGGAGGACACGAUCAUCCCAUGUUUGCUACAACAGCUGCUGCUUAUUCGACAGGACCUGCUCACAUUUCUAUUUGUUCGGGACAUCCGACAGCGCCUCAUUUACCUCCAUGCCAAAUCCCAUUGCAAGUUUAUCCGCCAGCAACGUUCCAACCGCAGCAUUUCACGGGAUUUCAAACUCAACAACUUGCGCCGCAAAAUAAUUACGAAGCUUCGCAUCAUUACAGACAUCAUCAUGCCCAUCAAAUUCCCGUUCAUAUGCAAUCACAUGGCAACGGAUUGAUGUUGGAUCACGGAUUCGAGCAUGCGGCGAGCAUUCAUCAAACUACGCCGCAAUUACAAGCAGCGAAUGCGGCAGCAGCUGUUGUCGCCAUGACAAACGCCGCACAUCAUUUACAUUCCCAACAACAAGCACAAGCAAUGUCACAUUUACAACCACCGCAGCCUAUUUUCAUUACCACAGAUAGCCGUCCCAGUCACAUCGAUUUAUUGCAUCGACACACACGACGUAUACCAAUGCCUCGUCGUAGUUUACGCUUUGGAAAUUGGGUGCCAUCGCCAUCAAAUGCCCAUUCUCAUCAUCCAAGAAGUGUUCAAGUUCCGACCCAUCAACGCCCUCUCGCCAUGCAAGCAAGUAUGCAUUCCGCAGGCAUCUUGCUGAACUUCCUAACCAUGUAUCCAUUGCCAUUCCAUCACACGGAUCUCAAUUCCGGCGAAUCAAGCGAAGAAAAUUACGAGGCGCUAUUGAGUCUCGCCGAGAGACUUGGAGAAGCAAAACCGCGUGGAUUGACGCGUGCUGAAGUUGAUCAACUGCCGAGUUACAAAUACGAACCCGAAACUCACACAGGAGAUCAAACAUCAUGCGUUGUUUGCAUGUGUGACUUCGAAGCUCGCCAAUCGUUGCGUGUACUGCCAUGCUCUCACGAAUAUCAUGCGAAAUGCGUUGAUAAGUGGCUUAGAUCAAAUCGCACGUGUCCCAUUUGUCGAGGAAAUGCGUCAGAUUAUUUCGAUACAGCUACAACAACGACAUCAUCAUCUGCCGGAUCAUCGGGAUCUUCGUCGCCAUCAUCCUCAACUUCGUCAACAUCUGCAUCAUCAUCGCCCGCAACAACUACAGGAACAAAUACUGCUGCCACUUCUACUUCGGCUCCCGCAGUAACGAUUGAAAGCUUAUAAAAAUUGUUAACCCGCACAAGAAAAAAACUAAAAAAUGUAAAACUUGCAAAUCUUGUUGAUGAAAAAUAAUCUGUGUAGCGAUAAACCAAUAAUAAUAAUAAAUUUAAAACUAUUUCGUCUACUUUAAUGUUCAAACAAACGCUCAGCCAAUAUAUUUCGUAAUAAAAAAUAUACAAUUAAUUAGUGAUAGUGAACAAAAAAAAAUUAAAAAAUAAUUAUUAAUCAAAGUUUCAAAACCAAAACUAAAAAAAAAACAAUAAGACAAAUUUAAAUGUUGCUUUUUAAUGUAUACGUCAAUAAUAAGACAAAACGAGACAAAAAAAAAAUGUAUGAGGCUCAUUAGAACUGCAGUUACCCUCUUUUUCUAUGAUAUAAGCGUCUAACUUUUAGAAUAACAAAAUAUUAUUAAAAUAAUUAGUUUAUUACACAAAACACAUAGAAAAAAUCACGUAAAAACCACACAAAAAAUGAGUAGCAAUUUUUGAUAUUCUAAAUGAUGAUUAAUAAAUUUAUAUAUAUAUUUAAAUAGGUAACCAACAAAUCGCCAUACACAAAAAAAAAACACGUAAGAGCUUGAUUUGGAUUAAUUGAUGAUUGAUUUUUUGAUAUUAUUCCAAUCCUAUAUAAAAUAUUUAAAAAAAUUAUUAUUUUCUUAAAAUAACUGUACUGU